AUGAGAUCUACCAACCCGGCGACCGCGUCUUCCUGCUCACGCACGGCCAGUACUACGGCUGCCUCGCCACGGUACGUUGUAACCCGCACGGCCCGUUCCCCUCACUCCUCCAAUCAGUAUGAGAUCUACCAACCCGGCGACCGCGUCUUCCUGCUCACGCACGGCCAGUACUACGGCUGCCUCGCCACGGUACGUUGUAACCCGCACGGCCCGUUCCCCUCACUCCUCCAAUCAGUA